AUGGAUGAAGCCACCAAGACCACCGGCGAAUCCAGCUAUGCCGUUACGGGAGCCGAGACAAGCGGCGGUUCGAAGCGACACAAGAAGCACAAGUCGCGCGACGGCAAGCGCCGACGCCGGUCUUCGGGCGAGGAUAUCGGAAAGAGCCCAGAGUCGGCAGCAUCCAACACGGAGAGCACCACCAAGAGCCGGAGGCGGUCCAAGAAAAGUCGCGGCUCCCACGACGAUGGUGGCUUGAGCGAUGAACACAAGACUGCGGAACCUGCCCCUGCCCCUGCCCCUGCCCCCGUCGACGCUACUCCGAAGCCGCCGGCCGACACAGCGCCGCCGCCCGAACCCUCUUCCACCGACAAGACCCCGGUGGGCUUGGGUCCGCAGCAGGCCCCUGUAAUGGAUGAAGCUCCUCCUACACAGGCUGCACGCCCUGAGCCGGCUGCUCCACCACCAACACGGGCUGUGCCCCCUGAGCUGCCGGCUCAAAAAGAAGCCGCUAUUGUACCACCCACCGAAGAGAGAAAACCCGACCAGUAA